CGCGCGCGCGCGGCGGGCUGGGGGCGUGGUAGGGUGGACGCGCCAUGUGUGCCGCUCUCUGCACGGGCGCGGAGGCCGCCUCAAAGUGGGGGCGGGCGCCGCCGUGCAGCCCUGCGCCCUCGCGUCUCCUGUGCUGAGGAGAGGAGAGGCGAGGCCAGGCCGGACAAUGUCUGUUCCUCGGCGCUAUCUCUGCAGCGCCAGCCGGGCGGCGGGAGCUGCCUCCGCCCCGAUGGGACUGCCGCUGCUCGGCGGAGCCCGCCGGCGGCUCCUCACCUCCCGCGGGCUGAGUGCGGCCGGGACCGGGCCGUGGUGGCCGCGGCGGCGGAGCUGUGGGGGGCCGGGGGCGGCGGGCGGGGGAUUCCGGCCGGCGCGGGUGGCGGUGGUGGUGAAGACGACGCGCUACGAGUUCGAGCAGCAGCGGUACCGCUACGCGGGGCUCUGCGAGGAGGACCUGAAGCAGCUGCUUGCCUUGAAGGGAUCUAAUUAUGCUGGUCUAUUGGAGCGGCAUCGCAUUCAUACAAAAAAUGUGGAGCAUGUUGUAGAGAGUUUACGGAGCGAGAAGAUAGAAGUCCGUCUUGUUAAACGUCGAGAAUAUAAUGAAGAGACAGUUCGAUGGGCAGAUGCUGUUAUAUCUGCAGGAGGUGACGGUACAAUGUUGUUGGCAGCCAGUAAGGUCUUUGAUAAAUUUAAACCAGUUAUUGGAGUAAAUACUGAUCCUGAAAGAUCAGAGGGUCACCUGUGUUUGCCUGUGAGAUAUACACACUCAUUUCCUGAUGCACUACAGAAGCUUUAUCGUGGUGAGUUCAGGUGGCAGUGGCGACAAAGAAUCCGACUGUAUCUUGAAGGAACUGGUAUUAACCCUGCCCCUGUAGAUUUACAUGAACAGCAGCUAAGCCAAGAGCAACACAGCAGAGCUCAUAUAAAUGAAAGAUUCCAGGAUCAAAGAUCUGAUGUUUCUGGUCCACAUCUUUUACCAGUGAGAGCACUCAAUGAAGUCUUCAUUGGUGAAUCUCUUUCAUCCAGGUAUGCUGUGUGUUCUGUCUUAUUCAGGGAGAACUUUAAGUCCUGCAAACCCAGUUUUAAAUUCUCGCUUCAUAGGGCCUCCUAUUAUGAGAUAUCAGUUGAUGAUGGUCCUUGGGAAAAGCAGAAGAGUUCAGGGCUCAAUGUGUGCACUGGAACAGGAUCAAAAGCAUGGUCCUAUAAUAUUAACAAGGUAGCAAAUCAAGCUGUUGAAGAGAUCCUUAAUAUCGCUAAAAAGCAUGGAAGUUUGAACAUGCCACUGAACACAGAACUAGUACAAAAAGUAACAAAUGAUUACAAUGACUCCCUGCUCUAUAGUCCAGAAGAACCAAAGAUGUUUUUCAGUAUUCGAGAACCUAUUGUAAACAGAGUUUUCUCAAGCAGUCGGCAGCGUGGCUUCUCUUCAAAAGUCUGUGUCCGUUCUCGUUGUUGGGAUGCAUGUAUGGUUGUAGAUGGAGGAACAUCAUUUGAGUUCAAUGAUGGAGCAAUAGCUUCAAUAUUGAUCAAUACGGAGGAUGCACUGUGCACUGUUCUGCUAGAAGAAUGAAAGGACCCUCGUGUCUUCUGCUGAAGCCAUUCUGGAUCCAGAGAGAGAACUCCUGGAGAAGUACAGCACAUCACAAUGCUGCAUUAAGUUGGAAGUUGGCUUUUUUUGGUUGUAAAAGAAACUGGAGGAAAACUGAGGUGCUUUUUCAUUCCUUGGGUUGGGGAUAUCUUGGAAGCCUAUUUAUGCUCUUUUUGCAUCUGGUGUAUAAGACAUGUAUCUGAAGUCUUACCUCUAAGUUCAGUGAAAAAUUGACAUUUUUUUAACCUGUAUGGCAAAUGUGAAAGAACAUCUUUUUAAACUAUAGGUAGAUGGGUUCAAAUACUAAGUCAGUAGCAUUAAAUAUUCAGAUGUACAGUUUUUUAAUAAGUGUGGGUCUGGUUAAAAAAAUAAAUAUCUUCAUACAUCCACUUUUGUAGAAAAUCUGACUGUCAAAAGCUAGAGAUUUGAUGCAAGGAUAUAUAGAUUUUGGUAAAUCCUGAGGUUGACAAUAUAAAUCUUUUGUAUGCUUUUCAAAAAUUUUACAACUUUGUAGUUUCAUACAACUCAUGACAAAUUUUUUGGCUCUUCCAGUAUUUUUUUUCUACUUUGUAGAUUCACAUCAAAAGUUAAAGCCUUGUUUAAUUUCUAGCUCUUUCAUAUCUUCAGUGGGGUAGCUCUUACCUUUGCUCUUUGAGUAGAGAGACUUGAAACUUAAGGCUUUUAUUGAGCCCUUUACUAUGAAUAUGAAACUACAGAAAAUGUGCUUAAGACAUACUCCCUCACUGAAUUGAGUAUCUGGCUUGUGGGUGUCCAGUCACAGUGUGUGUAGUUAAUUAAUAAAGAGAUGUGGACCUAAAGCUGAA